AUGCUCUUUCCCCGGCUCUUCAGCCUGGCUGCCCUCUCGGCAAGCCUAGCUGCUGCCGUCGAGCUUACCGGCUAUGAAUAUGUCGUUGUCGGAUCAGGAGCUGGUGGCGGUCCCCUCGCUGCCAGACUUGCUUUGGCUGGCCACAAGACCCUCUUGAUCGAGGCAGGAGAUGAUCAGGGUCUGAAUGCCAACUAUAGUGUUCCGGCAUACUCUGCCAAAGCUUCAGAGGAUGGCGCUAUUGCCUGGAACUUCUUCGUCCGGCAUUACGCAGAUGAAGAACGUCAAGCUCGUGACUUUAAAACGACAUACGUGACCCCCGAAGGCGAAGAAUACACUGGACUCAAUCCUCCUGCGGGCUCAACCAUGAAGGGCACUCUUUAUCCUCGCACCGGGACUCUUGGUGGCUGCACUGCCCACAACGCUCUCAUCACUGUUUACCCACACGAAUCGGAUUUCGAUUAUAUUGCGACCCUAACGGGCGAUGGGUCCUGGUCUCCCGCAAACAUGCGCAAGUAUUUCCAGCGCAUGGAAAAUAACAAAUAUCUUCUUCCUCUAAUACCUGGCCAUGGGUAUGACGGUUGGCUGAGCGACGAAGAGGCGCCUAUCAGUAUCGUGCUGGAAGACCCCCAGCUAUUGAGCAUGUUACUCGGUGGCGCUUUUGCAUUGGGAAAUCAUACGAACGCAGUUUUCAAUAUUGCAACUCUGUUGGCUGCCGAUGCGAACAGAGACUCGAAGUCGCGCGACACCAACCCGGGAUACUACCAGGUUCCGAUUGCUACGGAUGGUGGCAAGCGCAAUGGUCCACGCGAUUUUCUCGUUGCUGUGAGAGAUGCAAAGAAUUUUGAUGGCUCGAAGAAGUAUCCGCUGGAUAUUCGUACCAAUUGUCAUGUCACGAAAGUGACUUUUGAGAAUGAUACGUCUACUAGUACCCCACGUGCUACUGGGGUUGAGUUCCUCGACGGGAAAUAUCUCUACCGUGCUAGCCCGCGCUCUGCUACUGCUGCCAAGGGUGUACCAGGCAGUGCUACUGCCUCGCGCGAGGUCAUCAUCGCUGGUGGAGUGUAUAAUUCUCCCCAACUGCUGAAACUGAGUGGCAUUGGCCCUGCUGAUGAACUCACAAAGCACGGUAUCAACGUGAUCAAGGACCUUCCAGGCGUAGGAACCAACCUGCAAGAUCAUUAUGAGACUGCCGUUCAGGGCCACGUUCCCAAGAACUUUUCGGCACUGGAUGGCUGCACCUUUAACGCAGCACAUGACCCCUGCCUGACUCGCUGGAAGAAUCCGAUUCUUGGUAAUCGCGGCAUCUAUUCCUCGGCUGGAUUCGCGAGCACUAUGUUCUACAAGAGCUCAGUGACGGCCGACGAUAGCUACGAUGCAUUCGUCUUCGGCGGACCCGUUAAUUUCCGCGGCUACUUCCCGAAUUAUAGCAUUAACAUCACCGAACGCCAUGACUGGUUCUCCUGGGCUGUUCUCAAGGCUCACCCUCGCAACACUGCCGGAUCUGUGACUUUGCGCUCUGCCGAUCCACUCGAUAUGCCGGAGAUCGUCUUCAACUACUUCGAUACCGGCAGUGGCGAUUACAAGGCAGAUCUGCAGGCCAUCACCGAAGCUAUCGGUCUCGCCCGUGACGCAUUCGACCGCCAGCUCGUGGAUGUUACUGAAGUGCUCCCUGGAAAGGACGUCACAUCUAAUGAGGAUAUUCACAAUUAUAUCAUGGACACUGCUUGGGGCCACCACGCCUCGUGCACUUGCCCUAUCGGUGCGGAUGAUGAUCCGAUGGCAGUACUUGAUUCAAAGUUCCGGGUUCGCGGUGUGAGUGGUCUUCGUGUUGUUGAUGCGUCGGUUUAUCCUCGCAUUCCUGGUACUUUUACUGCUGUCUCUACUUAUAUGGUGGCUGAGAAGGCGGCGGAGGAUAUCAUCAAUGAUGCUGGAUCUAAUUGA